CUCCAACAACUCGGCGGAACGGAAGUUUUGAUAUCCAAGGUCCGAAUUGAUUAAUUUUUGAAUGUGUCGAAACUAUACCGAUACGAUAUAAAUUUGACUUUUGAUUUUGAUAAUGUGCUUUGAGAUUGCAUUAUGUAUGCACCUGUAUUGGACAUGCGCAGACAGACUUUCAACAUAACCUCCUUCAGAAAAUUGCAUACGACAUGUUAUUUGAUGGUUAUAUGAACAGUUUGCAUUUGCAGAAGUGUACUAAUGUUGCUUGGUUCUUUGCUGAGCUACAAGAAUUCCUGUAAGUUCCGUUGCAUGUAAAAAAUGUCAUUAAUGCAAACUGUAUGGCGUUGCACAUUCAGUCCUCGAUUGUAUAAAAUCUACGAAUUCACAUGGCUCAAUAAUAUUGUGGACAAACCGUACGAACCUAAAAGUUUGGAGCGAUGGGGAGAUCAAGUAAUCACGUCUUUUGUGACGAUGUGGUCUCUCAGCUUGUACACUUUUCCUCUGAUGGCAAUAUUGAUUUAUCGUCGUAUCACUCCAGUUUUCGAUUUUUACUCACUGACAAAGUUUGCAGCGGGAGCUGGGUUAAUUCUUGUCACUUCUUUGGUGGCUCGAGGUUAUUCAAGAGCUAGCAACCCUCUUUACAUAAAAUUUAUAAAGGUUCUUGAAGAGGCCAAGGCUAGAAACGGAUCGGAAGCCAGGAAGGAGUUGAAUAAAUAUGACUUUGAGUUUUGGGCUAGUCCCGUAGAUUUUCAAGUUGCAAAAGUAGACGGCGGAGUGAGAAAACAAAAGCAAACUUUGGAGAGCAUUUUCAAUUCAAGAAGUAGCAAUCGACGACAAACAAGCAAGGAAUACAUUGCCACACUACCAUGUAAAAUAAUAUCCUACGUUACUGCUCAUACUGUCGCGGUCAAACUAAUGUAUCCUGGAAGCAUUGCUUUCAUUAAUUGGAUUCUCCGAACAGCUCAGAUUCAAGGUAGAAGUGAUCUGAUCAAAAGAGGAGCCGAAAGAUUUAAAAUUGGUACUUCAGAUGGAAAUUAUUUGGACACUAUUUUUAUUAAUCGCAAAAAUAGCAGAUUUGCUAAUGGAGACGUGUUAGUAAUAACUUGUGAAGGAAAUUGCGGGUUCUAUGAAACAGGGGUUAUUGGAACUCCAAUUGCUUGCGGUUACUCCGUUUUGGGAUGGAAUCACCCUGGCUUUGCAAAUAGCACUGGAGCUCCGUAUCCUGCUCAAGAGGAGAACGCUAUUGAUUGUGUUUUGAGAUUCGCUAUCGAUAGUCUUGGAUUUCCAGAGAACAAAAUUAUCCUUUAUGGAUGGAGCAUAGGAGGUUACACUGCCACUUGGGCCGCUAUGAACUACCCGACAAUAAAAAGCAUGAUUCUGGAUGCAACUUUUGAUGACGUUUUACCUCUGGCUACUUCCAAAAUGCCAGUUGCAAUAGAACAUAUAGUUCGUAGCACGAUACGACAAUAUCUCAAUUUAAAUAUAGUUGAACAACUUAUUAGGUACAAAGGAACAGUAUUGCUAAUCAGGCGUACAGAAGAUGAAAUGGUGUGUGCACCGUCGCUAACUUUGUCUGGAAACCGAGGGAACAUCUUGCUUGCUAAAUUACUCACGAGACGAUAUCCACAAAUUUUUACUGAAGAUUCAGAUUCCAGUCCGCUAUUAACAAGAUUUUUAAAUUCACCAACGCCCAAUGCUCGAAAGACGAUAAUGGAUUCAGUUGGAGUGAGUGAAGAAAGGUGUGCGGACUGGAUAGUAACUGAUUUAGCAAAAAAUAAUUGGGAGAUAAAUUACCCUUCUGACUUGGGACUUACUUCUACUCCAAUAGAGAAAAGACAAUUGGCUCUCUUUCUUGCAACCAAGUACAUGGUCGAUCAAGCAUCUCAACAUUGCGUUCCACUAGAAAAUGAAUUUUUCCAUCCAGGCUGGGAUCCCUCAGAUUAUAAAAAGCAUUUCAACAAAUUAAAGCAGGAAGAGUAAAUAGUAAAUUAUGUGCAUCAUUCCCAAAAAUUGAUUAAAACCUAUGGACAUUAGGUUUAAUCUGUUAAAUUAACUAUUUAAUUUUGCUUAAUUCUUAUUUAAUGAACUGGUGUGAUUAUUUUAAAACUCUUAUAAGUAAGAAACUGAAAUAACUGGUUAGACCAUAUCUAACAAAUUAUGUCAGUAAACUAUCCUAAAGAUCUUUUCUUUUUUCAUAUUUUUUUAUAAUUUAUUAUAUUUAUUAUACUAUCAUCACUUUUUAUUCAUUGCUUUCAACAUUGUAUAAUUGUCGGUAUAACUAUGAAAUGUAAAAAAAACCAAUUUGUACAGUGUGUUGUUAUAUAUAUUCUUUACUAUUUCUUUAAAAUGCAACUUGGUUCUUUUACACACACUGUAAAUGUCCAAUAUUAAUAAAAGUUUGGUUUUUUCAGUA